CUCUCCGCGGCCUAGCGGGUGCUGGUGCUGGGAGAAGCCUGCCUGGAGCCGACUCCUCUAUUGAGUCCCCCCCUCCCCAAACGGAGCCCCACCCCGACCUUCCCCCAGCAUGAACGGCCGGGCUAGCUUGAGCGGCAAGCCCUACAGCGCGGGGGUGCGCAUCGCCAACUGGAACGAGGACACGUACUUAGAGGAGGACCUCCUGAAAGAUUUUUUGUAUAAAAGAGAAAAAGGAGAACUUCUAAUACAGAAAUCAAAGAGACUUAAAAAUAAUCUUUUAAAGCAGAUGCAACUAUCAGUUUCGAAAGAUGGAUUUGUUCACUUUGGAGACAUUGUGAUGCUUUUGAGCCCUGAAAACAAUAAAUCACCUAUGGAGAAUUACCCUGCAGUGCGUGGCAAUCUAACUUUGGCUGUUGCUCCAGAUGAUAUAACAGUACAUAUGUCUGAGUCAUUGCAAGUCCCCUGUGGAGUGAGUGCAGUGAAAAGUGUGAACCCUGUUGGUCGAAAUGCAUUUCGUAUCCUAAGUGUUGAAGGAAAUUCUAUGGGUGAACCCAUUAGAUUUGGGCAGAAUUUUGGUCUUGGGGCAACAGGCGGUUUUACCGAUCAAAUGUUAUAUCUUGCAAGUGACCAUAAAUCAUUUACGAGAUUUGCUAAAAAAUCAUACCUUCAGCAAGUGUUUUUGACAGAUGAGCUCUCCUAUCUGACUUGCUGGCAAGCUACCUUUUUGGAUCCACAGCUGCGUCUUGAAUAUGAAGGAUUUCCAGUUCCUGCAAACGCUAAAGUCCUUAUCACUCAUUGCCAUACAAAUCGAGGUUUAGCAGUUCCUAGGAACUAUUGGAUAAGGUCAUACUUUGGAAAGGAAUAUGAAGUGAUCUGUCACACCUAUCUGGAUUCCCAUAAAGCUGAAGAAGAUAAGAAUUACUGGAUAAUAGUAACUGCGAAUCCCAGUGAUGAUGGAAAUACUAUGUUUGACAGACCUAAGCCUCCCUCAGAGGAGACCAGAGAGAGAGAGAAGAAUGAACUUUAUGCAGGAACAUAGAAUGUAAUAGUCCAAGGUGUAAUGAGAUCAGAGAGAUCACUCUGAAGUGGAGAUUUGAAAGUAAUGCAAGCAAGAGAUGGCAAAAACAAUGGAGUGAAGCAGCAGCUAAGAGCUCAAAGUCAAUAACUUCAUUUCUCAAACCACUGGAAGACACACCUUACCCAACAAACAAUGCUACAGAUAAUGAAAACUCCGCAACUGCAACAGGUGAUAUUUCAAUGUCAAUACCUGAACAGUAGUCAAGAAGGAGAUGUGCCAACAGUAACAGAUGCUGCAGAAGAUCCUGUGUACAGUCGAGAAACUCGACAGCAACAGGAAGAUGUAAAUCUUACGCAGAAAGAACAAUUCAUGAGUAUUACAGGUUUGACUGUGACUGACAUUGGAAUUAUUGACCAGAGCAAUGCUGCCCAAAUGCAAUCUUUUCUUCAAAUUAGUUGUUUUUAAAUUCCAAGUAACAUUCCAUGAGAUGCUGAUAAUCAUGCUUUCCCUACUUGUCUGAC